GUUGCCGGGGAGUGGACUCGCAGCCACACCAACACACAUCACUGCAAUGCCAAUGUGAUUAGAAGAUGCUGGCGUUUUGCAACAAAGACAAUGAAAUCCUUUAACGCGAUUAGCAUAAGAGAUUGUAUUGAAAAGAGUAAGAGCGAGACUCUAAAAGAACGCUUUUACAAAUAAAUAUAAUUUGUUUAAAGGCUACGGUUAGCUAGCUCAGCGCCUGCUACUGCUUUUCUAGAAUUAGCUUUGAAUUUACUACGUUAGAAUUACAGCUAAUGUAGAUCUAUUUGUAGCUCAACAAUGGAGUUCUCUUUUGAUAUUAACAACAUCUUCCCAGAGCGGAUCACUGUGUUGGAUCAGAGCCUUGUUCCUGGUGAUAAAUCCAAAGGAAGGCCAGAUCUGCAAAGCAAAAUAGCUUCAGUUAUUGAUGAGCUUGGUAAAGCCUCCUCUAAGGCUCAACAGUUGCCAGCUCCAAUAACAAGUGCUGUGAAGCUGCAGUCCAACCAGCACAGCCUUUACCUUAUCAAGGAUGAAACCAGCAAUGGAGGCCAAGGAGCAGGAGUAGGGUUUCUCAAGGUCGGCUACAAGAAGUUGUUUCUCCUUGACCAGCGGGGAGCCCACUUAGAGGCGGAGCCGCUGUGUGUGCUGGACUUCUACGUCUCAGAGAGCCUGCAGCGCCACGGCUACGGGCUGGAGCUCUUUGACUUCAUGCUGCAGCACACGCAGAUGGAGCCGGCGCUCAUGGCCUACGACAGACCCUCAGCCAAGUUCCUCGCCUUCCUCGCAAAGCAUUACUGCCUGACUCAGAGUGUUCCUCAGGUGAACAACUUUGUGGUUUAUGAGGGAUUCUUCCUCAACAAAUCAGUGGGCCCGUCGAGAAAGGGUCUCCCAAAAAAGGUGGAAGGAGAGAUCAAGCCCUACUCUCUAAUGGAGAGAGAAGCGCUGCGCGGGGACCAGAGGGUGGGGCAGUGGCCCUUCCCGCCCCAGGUGGGAUCCUCCCCCUACUCGCGCUCCCACAGCGUGGGCUCGUCCCCCAGCCGGGCCCCGCCCGCCCAAGCCCCGCCCCAGGGGCCAGCUCCGGCCUCUGGUGGACCCCCGACGCCCCACUCCCUGCUCAGCGACCACCUCAAGGCAAGACGCACCAGCAAACACAAGCACACGGUUGCCAGGGGCAACCAUCCCUGUUGCCACAUCGACAGCAUCAGCGGUCUGAUGCUGAACCGGGACCAGGCGCCCUUCCAUCGGCCAGGUUGGAGGUUAGCAGACGUCUUGAGAGACAGAGGGACUGACAUACAGCCAGUGGGAAACACAAACACACACAGGCCCCGCCCACCUUCACUCCCCCCUCUGCUGGCGCCCAGGAAGCCCCCCGGCCCGGCGCCCCCCGCAGGCCGGCAUGAGUGGGCGCACCGCAUGACAGGGGCCCGGGGGGCUAAGACAGAGCUGCUGCCCAGGCGCCAGGCCCCGCCGGGCCCCUGGGAAGCCGGGGCCACACGGGGGGGCCAGAGAGCCCUGCUGGGAGGCCCCUGUUCCUGGACCCUGGGGGAGGGCCCCCACACGGCCCAGUGGGUCCGACAGAAGCAGGAGUACCGGAGCACCAGACCCUGGUGAACCCGGGGUAGAACUGAGGACCUCUGCCUCUGCUGCCCUGGGCUCACGGCCCUCCAGCGGAGCCAUCUUCCAGGGGCCUCGGUGUACGACCAACCCAGGGGGACAGCACUGUGGAUGGGCCUCGGUGUACGACCAACCCAGGGGGACAGCACUGAGGAUGGGCCUCAGUGUCGGAUCAACCCAGGGGGACAGCACUGAGGAUGGGCCUCACUGUAUGACCAACCCAGGGGGACAGCACUGGGCCUCUGUGUCGGCUCAACCCAGGGGGACAGCACUGAGGAUGGGCCGCAGUGUCGGAUCAACCCAGGGGGACAGCACUGAGGAUGGGCCUCGGUGUACGACCAACCCAGGGGGACAGCACUGAGGAUGGGCCUCAGUGUACGACCAACCCAGGGGGACAGCACUGGGCCUCUGUGUCGGAUCAACCCAGGGGGACAGCACUGUGGAUGGGCCUCAGUGUACGACCAACCCAGGGGGACAGCACUGAGGAUGGUCUCUCCCUUCAUGAACCAGGACAGGGCUAGGACUCAUCUUCACUGGUGAAGUGGGCUCCCCAUGCGAUGGUGCAUGACAGGAGCAGAGCCAUGUCCAGGGGGCUGACGGGGGUUAAAUAUGGAUUCAUAUUUGUCAGAUGGAACUUGCACUGAUUGUGAGCUCGCUCUUCUGCCUUGGUGAGAAGGAAAAAGCCUCUGCACAUUACUCACCACUUUAUUUGUAUUGAUUUAUAUUGUGUCAAAUGUUUUUCAGAAGUUGUAUAUAAUUAUUUGAAGCGUUAAUAAGAAUAAAAAAACACUACGAUCCCAAAAAGAUUGUGCUCAUUUGUGUUAUCAUGGAAUGUAUUGUUUUGUUGUCCUUUGAUGGCUUCUGGCAGCAAACACAAGCACACGGUUGCCAGGGGCAACCAUCCCUGUUGCCACAUCGACAGCAUCAGCGGUCUGAUGCUGAACCGGGACCAGGCGCCCUUCCAUCGGCCAGGUGAGGGCGCUCUUCAAGGGGGGGCGGACCCCCACCACCGCCAAGUGCACUGUGUGCACCAGCCCCAAGUUCAGCACAGGCAUAAAGUGUACUUUAUGUAAAGUGUGCCUUGUGUAAAGUGCACCUUAUGUAAAGUACGUUUUGUGUAGUGUGCUUUAUGUAAAGUGUACUUUGUUUGAAGUUUACUUUGUGCAAAGUGCGCUUUGUGUAAACAAGUGCGCUUUGCAUAAAGUGUGCUUUGUGCAAAGUGCGCAUUGUGUAAAGUGUACUUUGUUUAAAGUGCGCUUUGUGUAAAGUGUACUAUGUUUAAAGUGCGCUCUAUGUAAUGUAUGCUUGGUUUAAAGUGCAUUUUUUACAAAGUGUACUUUGUGUAAAGUGCUGUGCGUCCGUAGGUUGGAGGUUAGCAGACGUCUUGAGAGACAGGGACUGACAUACAGCCAGUGGGAAACACAAACACACACAGGUUGGACACCUCCACAGAUCUCAAGGAAGAAGGCUUUGCACGCACAAACAUACAUUAUUUAAAACAAAUCUUAUCUGUGUUCCUUUGUGGCCAAAAAUGGGUUGGCUAAACUCAAAAUAUGAAAUUGAAAACUGGGAGCUGAAAACGUAGCCAAAUAUUUAUGAAUUAACUGAUUUUUCCGCAGGUUGAUGCGGUCCACAGCCAGAGUACCACAUUCUUUUUAAUAUGUUGAUUUAAAAAAAAAAAGAUAUAAUUAAAGAGCAUGUUAACCGGUAUCGUACUCUACAUGUUCCACUUCUUCCUCUCCAUCAACCACGUUCUUCUCUCAUCAUGGCACCAUCUCUGUCCCGCCGUGCCCCUGUGUUUAGGCCCCGCCCACCUUCACUCCCCCCUCUGCUGGCGCCCAGGAAGCCCCCCGGCCCGGCGCCCCCCCCAGGCCGGCAUGAGUGGGCGCACCGCAUGACAGGGGCCCGGGCGGCUAAGACAGAGCUGCUGCCCAGGCGCCAGGCCCCGCCGGGCCCCUGGGAAGCCGGGGCCACACGGGGGGGCCAGAGAGCCCUGCUGGGCGGCCCCUGUUCCUGGACCCUGGGGGAGGGCCCCCACACGGCCCAGUGGGUCCGACAGAAGCAGGAGUACCGGAGCACCAGACCCUGGUGAACCCGGGGUAGAACUGAGGACCUCUGCCUCUGCUGCCCUGGGCUCACGGCCCUCCAGCGGAGCCGUCUUCCAGGGGCCUCGGUGUACGACCAACCCAGGGGGACAGCACUGUGGAUGGGCCUCAGUGUAUGACCAACCCAGGGGGACAGCACUGAGAAUGGGCCUCAGUGUCGGAUCAACCCAGGGGGACAGCACUGAGGAUGGGCCUCAGUGUAUGACCAACCCAGGGGGACAGCACUGAGGAUGGGCCUCAGUGUAUGACCAACCCAGGGGGACAGCACUGAGGAUGGGCCUCAGUGUCGGAUCAACCCAGGGGGACAGCACUGAGGAUGGGCCUCAGUGUAUGACCAACCCAGGGGGACAGCACUGAGGAUGGGCCUCAGUGUAUGACCAACCCAGGGGGACAGCACUGGGCCUCUGUGUCGGAUCAACCCAGGGGGACAGCACUGAGGAUGGUCUCUCCCUUCAUGAACCAGGACAGGGCUAGGACUCAUCUUCACUGGUGAAGUGGGCUCCCCAUGCGAUGGUGCAUGACAGGAGCAGAGCCAUGUCCAGGGGGCUGACGGGGGUUAAAUAUGGAUUCAUAUUUGUCAGAUGGAACUUGCACUGAUUGUGAGCUCGCUCUUCUGCCUUGGUGAGAAGGAAAAAGCCUCUGCACAUUACUCACCACUUUAUUUGUAUUGAUUUAUAUUGUGUCAAAUGUUUU